CCAAGACUUUGUCAAUUUAGGAUUGGAAGGAUUUUAUCCCUCCUUGUCGAGAACUUAUCUCCUGUGUUUGUAACAGUAUGAGCAGUACGACAAAAAUUACAUAUUUUCGAAAACGAAGAUAGAGAAUUGAAAAAUAUCGAUCCCCUCACGCUUGUACUGACACGAGCCUUGGUAUCAUCAACACAACACUGGUAUUGAUGCAUCCACUAGUGAUGGAAAUUUCGGCUCGUUUUAGACAGCCGUUCGUGUGGCUCGGCUCGGCUCGUCUCUUUCGGCUCCCAAGUGGCUUCUCUGAUUUUUUUGUUGUCUUAAUUUAUUACCAAAUGACGUAUUAUGUAAAAUGAAUAACCAAUGUAAAAAAUGCGAAAUAUUUAUUUAAAACCCAAUGAACAGCUACAAAAAUAUAAUAUAAUGUAUUAUCAAAACAUAGACCCAUCUCAGUGGACAAAUGAGGUCAAAUCUCUUCAUACAAAUUUGUCACAAAGGAAUCGGCUCUGAGCACCACAGCGUGUUUAACCCGAAGCCCCUCCCGCUGCUCAGUGCCACACACCUUGACCAAUGACAGAAAGAAAGACGAGGAAAAAACUAAUCGGCUCCCUAUUGACCCCAAAGAAGCGAGCCGGCUCUUGGAGCUUAUUCGUUCGCGACCGACACAUCACUAGCUUUCACCCCCAUCGUGUGUGUCGCUGCUGGUGUGCAGGUCGCAGGCAAAGGACGCAGCUGUCACAUGAAGCGCCAACACUCCAUCCAAGCAGAUCGCUUCUUUAUUAAGGCUGUAGCCGUAAAAUGGGACUUUGGUGUUUGUAAGAAAAGUUAAGCUAGCAUUGUGCACAUUUGAAGUCGUAGUCUUGCUGAUUUUGUGUUGUGUUUGGACUCAGCUCGUUACCGGGUGGACGGUAGUUGAGGAAAAGCCUCUCCGAACAACUGGAAUUGGAUGUCCAAAGAUAUUUAAUUGAAGAGUUUAAUAAUCAACUUGUGCAGUUUUUUUACAAGGUGAACUGAAGGAGGACUCUAUCCAACAUGGUCACCACAAAGGAAACGGGUCUAAACCCCAACGCCAAAGUGUGGCAGGAGAUCCCCGCCCACCAGGAUGCCAUCACAGAGGGGACAGACCAUUCCUUUUGGAUGCACUCGUAUCCUCCCAACUCUGAUAUGAGUGAAGAUGUUGUGUCUUCUGGGGGCAAAGGAUGUACCCCUGACUUUCCUGACAACAGCGACCCUGAGGAGCUUGUGAAUGGUACUGAUCCGUCUGACACAGGAUGUUUAGCUGGCAGCCCCCAAAGCCAGCCAGCUGUGGUUGCCCCUGGAGAGCAAGCUAUGCCUGAGAGCCUCCGGGAGUCUUUAAAGAGACAUCUGGAGUUCUGCUUCUCAAGAGAGAACCUAUCACAUGACCAGUACCUCAUAUCCCAGAUGGACGGUGACCAGUUUGUACCAAUCUGGACCGUCGCAUGCAUGGAGGACAUCAAAGCCCUCACUUCUGAUAUGGACCUCAUUCUGGAUGUACUGCGAGAAUCCCCAAUGGUUCAAGUGGAUGAAGCUGGAGAAAAAGUUCGUCCAAAUCACAGUCGCUCCAUUAUUAUCCUACGAGAGGUUCCAGAGAGCACACCAGUAGAGGAAGUGGAGGCUCUCUUUAAAAGCCAACACUGCCCCCACGUGUUAAGUGCUGAAUUUGCACACAACAGCAACUGGUACAUCACCUUCCAGUCCGAUAUGGAUGCACUUAAGGCUUACAGAUAUCUGCGGGAGGAAGUGAAAGUCUUCCAGGGAAAACCAAUUAUGGCCCGUAUCAAAGCAAUAAACACCUUCUUUGCUAAGCCUGGCUUCAGCAGCCUGGACUCCAGCGUGUACAACCAGCAUGGCCAGCCCCCAGCUCCGUACGGAUCACCUGUGUACAUGCAGCAGGUGUAUCCUGCCCAGCAGCAGUACCCUGUGUAUCCCACCCUGGUCCAGUCCUGGAACCCAACAAGCACACCUUACUUUGAAACACCCCUGGCACCCUUCCCUAACAGCGGCUUCAUGACCACGUACAACCGUGUGGGGAACUACAAAGCAAACUCCAGCUCCAAUCCAGCAGUGAGCAGAGGCCGCAAUCACAUCAAAGCUCAUUUUAGGCCUGGAAAUGCACUGGUUUCCCCGCCUUUGGCUCCUCCCACUCUGAUGGAUGGCCAUUUGGGUCCUUUCAGCUCACAGCCUCUCCUGACUUCAGUCAGCCUGCCCUCCCUGAGCCCUAAAAAUACUUCUCCAAAGGCCACCACACCCGGCGGAGAGCUGAACGUGGACGGGCGGAACAGGAGAAGUAACACCUACAGGGGCAUGAGGAGGAAAAGAGAUGAUGAACAGAACAUGAGGUCCGUCUCUGGGAUGGAAGCGGAGAUGCUGCCUCCACCAAAUUUCAACCUGGCAGCUUCUAACUUCCCUCCAUUGCCAGGAUGUGUCGUCAGCGUGGCGGAGGAGACGACACCCGAGAUGCGUCUAUCUGAUGUCGUACGCGGUCUAAAACUUGUAGCCCACAAGGUCAAUCAGGUCAAACAGUCAAACAUCUCACAACUUCCAUCACCAAGUCCUGGAAGCCCAGAUGUGAAGGCGAGUGAAGUGGUACCACAAACACCAGCACAGCCUGCCACUCGCCUUUCUUCCCCAGUAAAGGAGGUGGAUGAGGUUGAUGAUGCUAUUCCAAAGGACACGUCACCAGCCAUCAAUCCUGUCACACCUCCAGAACCUUCUCCCUCCAGCUGUAGCCAUGCUGCCCCAAGUCCCACCUCAGAACAGGAGCCAAGGAAGCUGAGCUAUGCUGAAGUGUGCCAGCGGCUGGCAAAGGAUGCACCACCACCAGCACACACACCCUGUUCGGCACCCCCCGCCUCUACGGCCGUCCAGCCCCUUCAGGAGCUGAAGGUCAACAGGGGGGAGGAUCCUCGGGCCAACAACAGGCACGUGGCAGAUAAAUCGGAGAAAGGUGGCGACGCCCGACCUCCUCGUCAAGCCUCGCGCUCCUUUGCUGGCUUCAGUCGCCCGUCCAGAAGUGGAGGUGGCGGGCUGAAGACUCGUGAGCAUCCCAGGGGGGAGAACAAAACCUUUUUUCCCCAGCGUGGAGUCCGAAGGAGCGGCAAGGAACAGAACAUUCCUCCGGUGUCACCAAAAUGAGCAGAACUGUGUGUAAAUAUGUAAUAUAAUCAUAAGUGUAAAUAGGAAGACAGAAGAUUCCUACUUUUACUUCAGCUUGUGGAUUAUUCUCCUCAGCUUGGCUACCUUGUUUUACAAAUCCUCACUCCCUUUGUGUAGCGCCCUCCCAAAAAACUUCCCAGUACAACUCGUACAUUGUCCUUUUGAGUCAUGUGCGUGCACAUGCCCCAGUACAUGUCUGCUUUCCGUGUGACAGCAACUGAUCACGGUGCUGACACGUGUGAUCAUCCAAUGUAAAUGCUUCUUCUGAAGCUUAGGCUAUACGUGACCAAGUAGUGUGUGCUUGCUCCACUGGGUUAUCACGUCACUUUAAUGCUAAGUUGAAUGAACCAUAAAUGCUGCACACUAAAGGCGCUAGAUGACUACUGUAGCCACAGAGGCACUACAAUAUCCUCGUGCUGAGGAACAAUAACAUCACUUAUGAAAUUUUUACACUUCAUUAUGUCUCCCAUGUGGCAGUGUGCCAAAGAAAAGGAAAGCCAUCACCAUGAAAGUGAAAAUGACCAGCAUAAAAAGCUCAGAGAGGAGACCCCCCCCCCCAAUAUUAGCUGCUGGACUGACACAAGAUGAUGGAAUGCUACAGGUGUCAUGGAUUCUGCGCGCUUUUACCAUGACAUCUGGGAGAAGAGGUUAUCCUUCCAGACUAGUUUUUAUUACGAGAGUAAAUUCUACACCUGAAUAUAAGCUGCCCCCAGCAAAUUUAAAGCAAAACAUUUUUAGUAUGUUUAUAGUCCGCUCUUGUCUAUAAGCUGCAGGUGUCCACCGUGUAAGAUGGGAUAAUUACACACCAUAAACGCUGUUCCCAGCAUCACUUGUGACUGUGAUGGGUGACAUGCCGUCCAAGAAGAAGCUGUAGUAAUUCUACACUUCAGCAAACCCUGAUAUUAGCAUCUUGCUGAAUCUGCAGUGUAAGCAUGAUGGGAAGUGGAGUUCUUUUAGACGUAAAUGACUGUAGCCACAUCAUUGUUUAAGCUGCAGGGUUCAAAGCAGAAGUAAAAAGUAGUGGCCUAUGGUCUGGAUUUGAUUUAAUUCCUCCAUUUAACCUUUUUAUUAGUGUGUCUGGCAUGUCCUCCAUGUGCUGUGUGGACAGUGUGAGUGAUAUAGGAGUUAUUUUAGGGAUAAGUUGGGACUUGCACUAAAAGCUGACUUUCAUGACAGUCUAGGAACGGAAGUUGGCAAGGUUUGGAGGUUUUGGGGUUGGUGCUUGCUCAUUUAGUUCCUUCACUAGCCGUCUUUCAGUGACGUGUCGUUUUGUGAGUGCAUGUCAUCCCUCAAAUGCUCUUUGUAGACACGGGAACACCUUCAUGGCACUUUAGCAAUCUGUCUUGAGUUGUGUUGGUAAGUUGGCCUUCCCACCCACUUCUCUGCCAAGCGUGUCUGCAUUGAAGAGAUUCCAAGGUGAUAUUUGGAGCAGUUUAGUGAUGAAAUGAGGUCAUAGCUGCUACUAAGAACAAAAACAGGAUUAUGCUUAUUCAUAAGGAAGCUGCACAUGACUGCUUUAUACCAGCUUGUCUGGCUUUAACAGCGCAAUAUGCGAGUUAGGAUUGAUUGAUUUUUAUUUUUUUGUAUGUAUUAUUGUCAUCAUUGCUGUAGUAAGACACUUACUGUCAGAUUUUUGUCUUUAAUAUGUGUAAAUAGAUGUUAACAGAAAAAUUUAGAUUGUGUUGACUUAAUUGUCUUAAUUUUGAGGUGUAAUUAUGAUCCUAAGUGGAUUUGUUGUGGGGUUUUUCAUGUGUAUAGUGUGGCAAUGAAAGUGGACUGGGCGUAUGGGAUUGUCCCUCUAAAUGGUUUUGUUCACAUUUGGAAAUGUAAAACAAACUCGUGCCUUAUCGGUGUUGGAAGAGUACUCUGUUCUUUGCUGGUGGUCAAAAUUUGUAAAUGUAAAGCACAUCCCAAUGUAUUUGCAAACGGUUCUAAUUGUAUGUUCACACAAUGAUAAGAACUUGGUUCCACAUACAAUGAAUGGAUGACGUAGCAA